AUUUUUUCCCGAAACAUUGUCGUCUACUAUUGACUAGUAAUUGGCCAUUUGUAGUCUAAAUUAUUUAAGAAACAGAAAUAUAUGCGAAAAGAUCAGUUCUUAAUCUAUCGUUAGACAGUUUAGUUCAUAACUCCGCAAGGCAUCGAUCCGCAGAAGCUAUUCGAAAUGAACAAUUCGCUUUCUACUGAAGCUGAGAAUAGUAAGGCUGAAGAGUUACGAGAGCAAGUGACCAGGUUGGAGGGCUUGUUGUUGAAGAAAAGGAAACAAAUCAAAACGUUGCGAACUGCCCUGAAACCGCAUGAAAAAACUACGGCCAAUUUGAAGAGAAAAUCCGAGAACGCGAAGUUGAGGCACAAGCUUAAAUUGUUGAAGAAGGACGCAGCAACCUUUUCUAGUUUGAAAGCGAGGUUCGAAGCUCGAUUUGCGGAAUACGGUGCGCAAGCAGAAGAACUGCACCUGCUAGUUGGCAUCGCCAAGCAUGAAAGGAAAACUAUAAGGCAAUUCCUUGAUAUGACCAUCGAACAAAAUAUCAUCCUCUCGCGACGUUUGGCGACCUUGGUCGUGUACAUGCUCAGAAAUGCCAGGAGACCCGAAAACCGUCACUUCUAGAGACAGGACGGAUUCGACAAUGAUAACCGGUCAGAUGCCUAAAUCUGAUCCAUUUAUUUGUAAUAAAUAUAAAUAUGUGUUUCUCA